UCGGGGAGCCGGCACGGGGGCGCUUGCCCGGCGGCUGCCGCGGCCCCCGAGCGCCCCCGAGCGCCCCCCGCCGGCUCCCGGCGCGGCCAUGCGGCGGAGCCUGCGGAGCUUGCUGGGCGGCUGCCUCCUGAUGUCAGCAUUAGGGCUGGUGCCACCUCCUAAAAACGUCAGAAUGAAGUCAGUUAAUUUCAAGAACAUUCUCCAGUGGGAGUUGCCUGCUUUUCCCAAAGGGACUCUGACUUUCACAGCCCAGUACCAAAGUUAUAGGAAAUUCCAGGAUCUAUGCACAAGUACUGCCUUCACGGAAUGUGAUUUCUCAAGUCUUUCCAAGUAUGGUGAUCACACCCUGAGAGUCAGGGCUGAGUUUGCAGAUGAGCAUUCUGACUGGGUAAACAUCACCUUUUGUCCUGUGGAUGACACCAUGAUUGGACCACCUGGAAUGCAAGUAGAAGCACUUGCUAACUCUCUCCAUCUGCGUUUCUUAGCCCCUAAAAUUGAGAAUGAACCUGAAACAUGGACCAUGAGAAAUAUUUAUAACUCGUGGGCUUAUAAUGUGCAAUAUUGGAAAAACGGCUCUGAUGAAAAGUGGCCGAUUACCUGUCAGUAUGACUUUGAGGUCCUCCGAGAUCUGGAGCCGUGGACAACUUACUGCGUUCGAGUUCAAGGGUUUCUUCCCGAACGGAACAAAACUGGGGAAUGGAGCAAGCCUGUCUGUGAGCAAACAGCCAAUGAUGACACAGCCCCGUCCUGGACUGUCGCCAUCGUCCUGGCAGCCUCGGUGUGCGUGGCCCUCCUGCUGCUCGGCUGCUCCGCCCUGCUGUGGUGCCUGUACAAGAGGACCAAGCACGUCUUCUCCCCCAGGAACUGUCUGCCUCAGCAUCUGAAAGAGUUUUUGGGUCACCCUCAUCACAAUACCCUUCUGUUUUUCUCCUUCCCGCCCUCUGAUGAGAAUGAAGUCUUUGACAAACUGAGUGUCAUUACGCAAGUCUCCGAAAGCAGCAGACAGAGCUCCGGCAACAGCUGUACUCCCGGGACCCCGUCUGGGCAGGGAUCCUCCGAGCUGGUCCCCAAGGAGGGAGCAAACACACAGGGGUGCAGCACCCCCCUGCUUCUCUCGCCUGCCACUGAGGGUCACCAGAGCGGGACACCCCCUGAGCAAACCCCAAAUCCAGAACUCUCAGAUUCCAGGACGUCUAAACAACCACAGAGCUAGAUUUUAAAGACUGGCUUGGCAAAAAAAAAAAAAAAAAAAUACUCCACGUUGGGAAUUUGCUGCUCUAUAAAAGGCCUCAAUGAUUUAAAAAGAAGAAAAAAAAAAGAUACGUUGAUCAUUGGGAGUAUAAUUUUCAGCUUCUGAUGCACACUAAUAUAGGGAACGAGUUUUGAAUUAAAUUAGAAGAAACAAAAAUAUCUAAAAUGAGGAAUAAAAACUGAGAUGCUAUAAAAUCCAACCAGACGGCUGAUGGACUGAUCACCAAAACCACCUCAACUCUAAAGGGGUCAGCAAGCUUUCUGGAUUCUCAGGGAGGGAUACUUAGACUGAACUUAUUUUGCUACCUGUAUAUGUUUUAUAUCGUGCUGGUGCUCUAUUAAAGUUUUAUUCUCUAUUUAA